AUGCGAAACGCCCUUCGCAAAAAGUGGACGUGCGCCAGGUGUCUCCGUCAGCAGAUUCGCAAUGAGUCCUCGAGCGCAGCUGCCGCUGCGAAACCUUACCUCGAAAAUGCGUUCGUCAGUUCGAGACCAAAGACCGAUAACGAGGCACUCCGGAAAGUGUUCAACGACCCGGGGUUCUACAAUCAGUCUAGAAUAUCGGCCUUGAGGAAACCCUCAGGCUUGAUUGGCAAUACAUAUCUCACAACUCCUGCGGGCUUUCACGCAUUCACAGAGGAAUCUCUGGCACAAUGCAAGAAACUUGUAAGUCGUACGCUCGGUGCGUCGUCCAUCGAGGACUAUGCCGCUCUACCACGGGACCUGGACCGCUUAAGCGAUCUGCUAUGUCGAGUGAUAGACCUGUCAGAUUUCAUUCGAAGCAACUCGCCUGACCCGAAGACUGCAACGGCAGCCACCGCUGCCUACUCCAGGAUGUAUCAAUAUAUGAAUGAGCUGAAUACGACAACGGGUCUGAAUGAUCAGUUGCAAAGAGCGUGCGACAUGCCAGAGGUUCGGUCACGUUGGAAUCGAGAAGAGUGGAUGGUGGCGCAGAUACUGAUGAAAGAUUUUGCGAAGUCAGGAAUCGAUCUGCCGGCUAAGCAGAGAGAUGAUUUCGUCGAGGUCUCGAAUCAAAUCGCCGAGGUUGGUACUGAUUUCACGAUGGAGAUGGAGGCCGCCCGCCAGCAUGUAUCACUGUCAUCUUCUCAACUAAAUGGAGUAGAUCCAUCACUAGUGAGAAGGCUUUCGCCCUUGUCGAAGGCACAAAUCCCGGUCUACAGUACACCAGCGAAGUUGAUCAUGACUUCUGCGACCGAUCCUUCCACUCGUAGGAUGAUCUACGAGGCAGAAAGAACUGCUUCCACCAGGACUAUUGGCAGACUGAACGAAUUAUUGUUGAAACGAGCUCAGCUUGCCAGACUUACCGGCCAUGCUGACUAUGCUCACAUGACUCUUUCAGACAAGAUGUCGAAGACGCCUCAGGCAGCCAACAAUUUUCUGACGUCUCUAAAUCAGAGCAAUAAGGGUCAGAUGCAGAAAGAGCUGUCAGCACUGCUUGAGGUAAAGCGUAGACAAGAUCCUUCAGCACAAACAGUCGAUCCAUGGGAUCACAGCUACCUAUUGAGCAGAGUCCACGCUUCACAGCCAUCUUCAGGCUUGAGAACGUCCAAGUCCCGGCUGUACGAGAGCUGCAAGGCUUACUUUGCCCUGGGUAAUGUCAUGCAAGGACUAUCCAGUCUGUUUGAGUCACUGUAUGGCGUGCGCUUUGUGCCCAAGGAGAUUGCCCCUGGUGAGACGUGGCACAGCGAAGUCCGGCGACUUGAUGUCUACACGGAACGAGAUGAACACAUUGCUACCAUGUAUUGUGAUCUUUUCUCGCGGCCAGGUAAACCACCAAAUCCCGCACAUUUCACGUUGGUCUGCUCGCGGCAGCUAGCAGAUGAUGAGAUCAGAGAUGCCGCACGAAAUGGACAGGCGCUCAACAACGGCAUGCCGACUCUGACAACAACCGAUCCCACCACUGGCAAACCACAGCACUGGCAGAUACCAGUGAUCGCCCUGGUAUGCGACUUUGCCACUAACGCCUCCUCGCAUACACCUUCACUCCUAUCUCCAACGAGUGUGAUCACGUUGUUCCAUGAGAUGGGCCACGCUGUGCACAGCAUCUUAGGCAGGACCACCAUGCAAGGCAUCGCCGGUACUCGGUGUGCCACCGACUUCGCAGAACUGCCAUCGAUCUUGAUGGAAUAUUUCGCCAUGGACACCAAUGUCCUCAAGCUCUUUGCCACGCACUGGGAGACUGGCGCAAAUAUGCCAGAUGAAAUGAUCCACGCGUUGCGAGCAGAACAGCGACAUCGUGCAGAGACGUCUGGCGGCUGGGAGAACGAGCAUCAGAUUCUGAUGGCUAUGCUUGACCAAGUCUACCAUUCUGCUGGACCUGUAGCUGCGCUGGAACAUGGUAAAUAUGACUCUACAGCAGCUUUCCAUGACAUAUGGGACAAACAUGCCUCCGUUCGAGAGCCUCCUACGACCGCAUGGCAGGGCUUCUUCGGGCAUCUGUACACGUAUCCCGCAACAUACUACUCAUACCUGUUUGACCGAGCGAUUGCUCGACAGGUGUGGAAAUCGGUCUUCGGGGCAGGGCAGGAUGGCAAAGCUGUCAGUCGAGAAUCGGGACAACGAUUCCGUGACGAGGUUCUGCAAUAUGGAGGCGGGAAAAAUCCGUGGGAAUGCCUCGAAGGCUUGCUUGGGAACGGACGUGGUCUGUUGGCGGCAGGAGAUGAUGCUGCAAUGCUAGAGGUGGGCAAGUGGGGCGUUGAUCAUGAUUAG